GCCGCCGCCGCCGCCGCCGCCCCCGGGCGCACCCUCCGGCUCGCUGUCCCGCGCACCCCGUCGCGCCGCGGGCUCCCGGGCGGAGCCGAGUAGCCAGCUCGGCGCGCCCCCCACAUCCUCCACGCGAAGCUUUGAUGAGACACUUGAACUGCAGCUGCCACCCCUGCUUUGGGGCGGGCGGCCAGCGGCUCCGCGACGGGGACCGGGUCGGGGCGCAGGGGCCAGGAACGGGACAACGAUGUGACUCCGCCGCCGGGGACCCGUGAGCUUUGUAUGGACCCCGAGUUCCACCAGGUGAGAAGAGUGAUGACCAUCCUUUUCCUUACUAUGGUUAUUUCAUACUUCGGUUGCAUGAAGGCUGCCCCCAUGAAAGAAGCGAACGUCCGAGGACAAGGCAGCUUGGCCUACCCAGGUGUGCGGACCCAUGGGACUCUGGACAGCGUGAAUGGGCCCAAGGCAGGCUCCAGGGGCCUGACGUCGUUGGCUGACACUUUCGAGCACGUGAUCGAAGAGCUGCUGGACGAGGACCCGAAAGCCCGGCCCCAGGAAGAGAACAGUAAGGACGCGGACUUGUACACGUCCAGGGUGAUGCUCAGUAGUCAAGUGCCUUUGGAGCCGCCCCUUCUCUUUCUGCUCGAGGAAUACAAAAAUUACCUGGAUGCUGCAAACAUGUCCAUGAGGGUCCGGCGCCACUCCGACCCGGCCCGCCGCGGGGAGCUGAGCGUGUGCGACAGCAUUAGCGAGUGGGUCACGGCCGCGGAUAAAAAGACCGCCGUGGACAUGUCGGGCGGGACGGUCACGGUCCUGGAAAAGGUCCCGGUCUCGAAAGGCCAGCUGAAGCAGUACUUCUACGAGACCAAGUGCAAUCCCAUGGGUUACACGAAGGAGGGCUGCAGGGGCAUAGACAAGAGGCAUUGGAACUCCCAGUGCCGAACUACCCAGUCGUACGUGCGGGCCCUCACCAUGGAUAGCAAAAAGCGCAUUGGCUGGCGAUUCAUAAGGAUAGACACUUCCUGUGUAUGUACACUGACCAUUAAAAGGGGAAGAUAGUGGCUUUAUGUUGUAUAGAUUAUAUGGAGACAAAAAAAUUAUCUAUUUGUAUAUAUACAUAACAGGGUAAAUUAUUCAGUUAAGAAAAAAAAAUAAUUUUAUGAACUGCAUGUAUAAAUGAAGUUUAUACAGUACAGUGGUUCUACAAUCUAUUUAUUGGACCUAUCCAUGACCAGAAGGGAAACAGUCAUUUUGCGCACAACUUUUCAAAGUCUGCAUUAACAUUCCUCGAUCAUGUUGUGGUUUGUUGCCGUUGCCAAGAAUUGAAAAACGUAAAAAAGUUUUAAAAAAGAUAAUAAUAAAUUGCAUGCUGCUUUAAUUGUGAAUUGAUAACAAACUGUCCUCUUUCA